UGGGGGAUGGUAGCCCUCCAGGAAAAGGGUUGACUACUUCUGCUCUAAAUUUAUUUAAUAUUUUGGAUUUUUCCAUCUCUAAAUUACAUGUAAAGCAAACUCCAGAACAUCACCACAGUGAGAGUCAGUAUCACAGACGUCAAUGACAACGCUCCAGUCUUCAGCUCUGACACCUACAGCAGAAGCAUUCUGGUUAAAGACGCCAAGGUUGGAGAGGUGCUGCUGACGCUCUCUGCCACAGAUAAAGAUGCCGGAUCCAACGCAAUCAUUAGAUACAGUUUCUCUGAAGAGUCUUCCAUGGUUGCACUGGAUGCUGAAACAGGAGACAUCACUCUGAUCUCUGACCUUAGCGAGGUCACAGAAGACAUGCUGCUAAUCCUUACUGCUACAGCGACAGAUCAUGGAACGCCAGCACAGUCUGAUGAAGCUGAAGUCUUGAUCCACUUCAAAAUUUCCUCUCUCACUGAGAGUGUGGCUUUUGAGAGCUCCUCCUACAACUUCAAAAUUAAGGAGAAUGAACCUGAGGCCACAAUAGUAGGCAAGGUCAAGGCAUUACCAGGGAGUCCACUGGUUACAGUCAGCUAUAACAUGAAGUCACACGAGGAUGUCUUCUCUGUGGAUGAGGAAGGAACCAUAAAAGCUCUCAGACCACUGGACAAGGAGGAAGAGGAGUGGUACAUCCUCACCAUAGAGGCCAUAGACUCCAGAACACCUCCAAACACUGCAGAGACAGCGGUCAGCGUUCAGGUUGAGAAUGUAAAUGAAGCUCCUGUGUUUGACACUGAAAUAUAUAAGGCAGAAAUUUUCAGUAUCACUCCAUACAAAUUCCCUAUAGUGAAGGUCCAGGCAUCAGACCCUGAUGUUGGCGAGAGCUCAGAUUUGCAGUAUUCACUACUGGAGUCCACAUCUCUGGUGGAAGUGGAGGCAAACACUGGUCAGAUCUAUGUGCUGGAUGCAUCUAGUGUUGGCGGCGGUCUGUUCACUUUACACGUUAAAGCCACUGAUAAACAUGGACUGUUCACGACUACAAAACUUGAGUUCACAGUGAAAGAAAGUGAAAGUGACAACGUCGUGGUCCUCUCUCUAAACCAGCCCGUGUUCACAGUGGAGAAGAAGAUACCAGAGAUUGAAGAUUCCAUGAGGAAAGCUUUAGGUUUGACUGUGAAAAUCCUCAGUGUGGGAGCUGAGGAUGGGAUCGAGAUGCGCACCAUUCUCCGGGAAUCUGCAGUCAAGACUUACAUCAGCUUCAUUGCCAUGGACUCCAGUGGUGCUGUCAUUGAAGCCACGGAGGUCAAAGAGAAACUGCGGAGUAAUCACAACGCUCUAAAAGUGGAGCUGGAGAAGGUGUUUGGUUCCGAUUUGGAAUUCAAAGUGGAGGAUGGUUCUGGAAACAAUUCUGAAGAUUCCAGUCAAGCAGCAGUCAUCGCUCUCGGUGUUCUGCUGGCUAUAAGCAUUGUGGGACUCAUCACUCUGACGACUGUCUAUCUCGUUAGGAAUAAGAAAAUGAAGUACACGGAUUCGGACAAAGAGAGCUUCAAUAUUGGCAGAACCAAGACCAGAUCAAGUAUUGACAGUAGUUUUCACUUUUCCAGCAAAAAAGAAGCCAAAGAGGUCGAGUUCAGUAACAGACGCGAGUUUGAAAGAUAUUCCGAAAAUGAUGCAGAUUUGAAAACUGGAAGCAGCAUCUCUGCCCUAUGAAAACAUCCUGAUGGAUUAUAAGAUUUCAUGAGUUUUAACAUGAAUUCUGACACACUGUUAAAUCUCUGUUCCAAAACUUAGUGAGUUGCAUUUUAAGGCAAUUCCAAAAGAUACAAGCUAAUCCCAUAAUGCAUUGUGACAAGACAGAGUGAAAUGUUGACUAUAAAUAUACUUCUUUCAGUUAAUAAUGAAAAAUUGUCAAUUUUACUCAACAUUUUAUGCUUGCUGCCUAUGUAGUGUGUGCAAUUAUCAGUCACUUCUAGGUUUCAUUUCAGUUGAGAUGCUUAAACUCACCCAUUUUUGGAAAAGAACAAAAAUCUUCUUUGUAUCCGUGUUUUUAAUAUGUACAUUCAACUGCCUUGCAUUUUGAUAAUUCAUUUUCAAGGUGGUCUUUUACAAAGGGACUUGGACAUCCCAAAACCUGCUCACAAAUAACAGUAGGCUUUUGCACUUUAACUGGCCCAGCUAUGAUUGUGUAUCAAAACGCUUUUAAUUUGUAUCUUUGAUGUAAAUACCUUUUUAGAAUGAUUUAACUUUUAAAAAAUGUUUCUUAACCAAAGUGUGUGUGUGUGUAUUUAUCACAGGUCAAUCCACAAAUGAGACUUUUGAGUUUUAAUCCAGUACACUUCCAUCCAGUUUGUGCUUUGGGCUGUGCUCAGAAAAGCAUACUAGCACACUACUUUUUUUUUUUUAGAUUAAUCCAACCUGAGUGCCAAAUGUUGAGGCAUUUACGCAAAAAAUUGCAUUAAGAAAAUAUAAAAACCAGUAAUAAUUUCUGAAAUGAAAACUAAAAUUACAUUUAAUUUGCUUCCGGUAAACAAUGCAACAUACUACCAUUUGAAAUGUUUUAUUGUUGCAUUUACAGCAAAAAAAAAAAAAAAAGGUAGGAAGUAUGCAGUGUACACUAUAGUAUGCUGUACACUAGUAUUCUAUUCCAAACACAGCCAUCAGCCUCUAGUUACACUCAGCAGAAAGAAAAAAAUGAAUAAAAAUCACCUCACAACCUGCUUUUUGGACUUGAUUCAUAAUUAAAUCAUAUUAAAAUUUUAUUAAGUUAUAUCCUAUAUUAAAAUAAAUCAAAAAGACAGAGAGAAAUCAAAUACAGAGAACGCAAGAAUGACAUCCAAU